AUGACUCUCCAUUUCACGCCUGGCGAUGCCAACGGCGCACUCAGUUCUCACCACCAGGCCCAGUGGCGCAACCACCACAUUGUCGCCUACGGGCUGGGAAACAAUCUCAUACUCCAUAGUGUCACUGACGGUCUGCGUCGGAGCCUUCAGACAAUCUAUCUUGCUGGAGACUUGACCUCCGUGGCUAUAAACGAGCACACAGGGCUCAUAGCGCUCUCAUGCGGCACAACUGUGUGUAUUUUCCGGCCUGUGAACGAGUACAUGUCCGUGCCCAAAUGGACCGAGGCUCUGCGCUUCUCGCCAGAUUCGACGCAGGUCAAUUGUGUGAAAUGGGUGCCCCAGGAAAACGAAUUGGCCGUUGGCUCGGAUGCCCUCUGGCUCUACCACGUGGUUCUUGAAUGCGGCACCGUCUCCAAAACCUUGCGCUGGACCAGGUCCCAAGCCGCGCCUGUGGAGAUGCUCGACAUCACUGCCGAUGGCAGCAAGCUUGUCUCGUAUACAAGCUCUCGCUUCGACAGUUUUGCCAAGGUGUGGAUGCGGCUCAGCUACGGCAACACCACAUCGCUCUUCGACCUUGUUUAUGCAGACCACAAGGCAGAGCAGUAUCUUUGUUUUCUCCAGUGGCGGGUGCGUCCCGUGGCAGUCAAACUGGACCUACACAGCAGCGCUUUGGCGCUGAUGCUGCACAUCAAAAACAUCCGCAGCUUCAUGCCGAAUUUGAUCCUGGAAGAUAAUGAUAUCUUGUACACAGUGACCAACGACAAGAUGCUCCACGUGUGGGCCACAUGUGAAUUUAACGGGCAUAGCUACCUAAAGCUAUGGAGCCAGUAUGACCUCACGACCGCGUUGGGCGACGACUUCAUGUCGUUCUUACUCAUCAAUGGGGCUCACGCGCAAAAUAUAUAUGCGUUCGUGAAAAGUCAGAUUGAGAGCAAAAAAAGUGGGAACGCACUUGAUUGCGAGGCGUCUGGUGCAGAUUUUCUCAUACUCAUAGGGUCUAAGAAUUCCCUUCUCGUCCAGAUCUCAAACGUGACUUGCAACCCACCUAAUAGCAUAAAGUAUGACGCAAUCUGCAUUUUCCCCACAUCCCAAAUUUGUGUCCCCCGCUAUAAUCUUCAGGACGUGGUCGUUGAUGAGCUAUCAGUGGACAAAUUUCUCACAGGAAUGCUUCCUGUGGCUUGCACAAACACCAUUUCGCUGCUGGACAGCUUGUCGACCAUUAGUUUCUUGAUCCACGACCGUGUGAAAAGCACAUUAAGGGCCGUAGAGCUCAAACUUGGAGUACAUCCAGAACUCCAAUUGAAAGAAAAAUUUCAAGGCCACGGUAAGUCGGUCAAAAAGUUAUACGCGUCCUCCUCUUCACACGAGGGCAACAUUAUGCUUUCACUGCUGAACUUUCCUGAUCAUAACUACAUAUGGGAGCCGUUUGCACUUGAGAAUUCGGGCAAUUCUUCGAUGGCAAUUACGAAACGGUUUUGCCUUAACGUGACAAGAGAUCCCAAUGGAAAUAUUCACGAACAAGGGAUCGAGAACGCCAUUCUACUCAAUGACAUAUAUCCGCCGCACGAUUCUUGCAGACAUCAUUUGGCAGUGGUUUUCGAAAAGGGUGGUUUCUUGAGUUUAUGGGAUUGUGAUGGUGAGACAAUGGAUGACAAAGAGGUAGAAUUGGUCACUCGGAUGGAGACCUCAGGUACACAUGAUUCCCGCUACAGCUCGCCUAAGGCUUUCUUUCUGAAAUCUCUCUCUGAUGUCUCGUAUGUCAUUGUGGCUAUAUACGAUCCAUCAACAAUUGAGGCUUGGAGAAUUGAUGUCUCGCAAACCGCAAAUGGAGAUGACGGCAGAUUUUUCUGUGAGAGGGUAUGGGCAGACUCGCUUCCAGGAAAUCACUCUGAGUUAUCCAGAAUAGCAACUGUUGAAACGUUUCUAGAAAAUGACAUCACGAUAAUUGAUCAAAAUGGUUUGUUGAGAUCAAUUGCCCCAGAAUACAACUCGGAUAAAAAAAUCAUUAAUUGGAAAGAAACUCGGUUGAUACAUACAAACAUUGAAAAGGCAUCGCUAGUCCAUGGGGCAUCACUUGUUAGUAAGAUUGCCAUUGUGAACCAAAAGGGAAACACUCUCACAAUUUGGGACAGUAAAACUGGAGUUCUUGAAUACGAAGAAAACUUUCCUGAAGAAUACGGGCCUGUGAGAGACCUUGAUUGGACGUUUCUUGGCUCGAUUGGGUCAACUGCAAAUACUCUUCUUGCAGUUGGAUUUUCCAGAUUUGUGCUUUUGUACACACAGCUCCGUUAUGACUAUACGAACAAGGUAUCCACUUUUGCUGCCUUGAAAAAAAUCGAUAUAUCCGAUUACUCGUCACAUGAAAUUGGGGAUCUGAUCUGGUUAGAUGACUCGUAUCUCGUGAUAUCCAGCGGUAAUCAAUUUUUCAUCGACGACAAAUGGGUGCAGUUUGGCCAAGGAACGGAGGCAUUGAGUAAUAACUCGAUAAGCUCCACUAUUAGUCAGUUGCUAUUGGGAUACAAAUCCGAUCAGUCAAGAUACCCAAUUGCCGAUCUAGUAAGGAUUUUGAAUGGUCCAUUGCCAGUAUAUCAUCCGCAAUUCUUAAUUCAGGCAUUAUUAAUGGGUGAGGUUGAACUUGUUGAAGCAGUCAUGGUCAAGCUUCUCAAGACCCUUCGUACUGACGCUGAUAUUGCUUGGAAUCUUGAUAUUCAAAUGGUUGACUUGAUGACUGUGAAGGAGACUAAGAACAUUAAGAAACGCUCGUUACUUGAUGCAAAGUUUUCUGCGCAUGUCGAUAUAUUCGACUCCUUCAACCCAAAUGUGGCAGAUCUUCUCUCAGAAAAACUCAUUUCAAUUUCACUUCCUUUAUUGACCAGACACCAGCAAACUACCUUGAGAAACCUCGUAAUUCUCUUGAACAAACUUGCCCCUUUACGAAAUUCAUUGGAUUCAAACGGGAUGAAGUUCAUGUACGGGUUUGAAUUAUUCAAGUCCUCACAUAAACAGAAAAGGCUUACUAUGAGGGACAUCAACUGGGCUGUGCACAGCGACCAGAAAGAGAUGCUCUUUUCAACAAUUGAAAAUCACUAUCAUAGGCUUACUUGGAACUCAGUUAAGGAAGUAGGAUUGGCAUACUGGGUGGACGUACACAGAUUGAGAAAAACGAUGGAAAGUGCGGCCAGAAAUGAGUUUGCUGACGAGAGAGACCCAUCAGGAAUUGUGUCUAUUCUUUAUCUAGCAAUCAAGAAGAAACAGAUUCUACUUGGGCUAUGGCGCACUAUAUUUCAUCCAGAAAAAGACAAGGUUGUUAAGUUUUUAUCCAACAAUUUCUCCGAACCCCGGUGGCAGUCUGCAGCUCUCAAAAACGCUUUUGUUUUGCUAGGAAAGCAUAGAUAUAUGGAUGCUGCAUAUUUUUUUUUGCUUGCGAAUAAAGUGAAAGAUUGCUGCAUGACGUUGUGCAAUAAAGUACAGGAAUUUGAUCUUGCCUUGGCAGUAGCUAGGGUAAACUCAGAUGAAGAUGCUGUGAGAACUGUGUUGGAGCAUUAUAUCCUACCCGAGGCUCUUGAAACAGGUGAUAGAUGGACUACUAGCUGGGCUUUCUGGGAAAUGAAACUCAAAGAGAUCUCGAUUCAAGCUUUGGUGAUGUCUCCCAUUGGUGUCGUUCGGAAAAAUGCCGACCAUUUUUCAGAAUCCUUUCUCAAAGAAACAGAAAAGCUCGAGAUCAGAACAAAAAGCAAGAGCUUUUUGAGAGUAGACCCCAUGCUAGGUGUGUUGUACCAAACGCUCAGAACUUCGAAACUGAGAUAUUUGGAAGGGUCUAAGGACGUACUGCCUGAAGUUGAAUUUGAAUUUGUGGUUCGAUUAUCGUCUCUCUACUCAAGAAUGGGCUGUGAUUACCUAUCACUUUCACUUCUUCGCAACUGGAAGUUUCUCGAUUAUUCGCAAUCUAGUCAGUCGAAGGAAAAGGACACCAUUACCAAGGGAGCGCUUACGGAAUUCUCGAGUGUGACGAAACAACAAAAGCUCGUUCCAGAGCCUUCCACUUUUGAGGAGCCUGACAUGAGUGCUUUCUCAUUCGGUUUCUGA